AUGGCUAGUAAUUUGUUACGUGCCUUGCUACAAGAGGAAGAGGAUGACGACGAUGAUGAUUACGCGACCUUAUUAGCAAUCGCAUCUUUGGAAGAACACCACUCCAGCGAAGGUCAAAGUUCUCGUCGUCGUGGUUCCAUUCCAGGGCACGCUGUAAUUCAACGCAAUAGAGCUGAAGGUCACGAGAGGCUUUUUCAUGAUUAUUUUAGUGAAUCUCCUGUGUAUCCAGCAAAACUAUUUCGAAGGAGGUUUCGUAUGCAUCGCCCACUAUUUUUGCGUAUUUUAUCCGCAGUGGAAACACAUGAUUCCUACUUUGUCCAGAAACGGGAUGCUGCUGGGAAAAUUGGUUUAUCCUCACUACAGAAAGUAACUGCUGCUAUGAGGAUGCUUGCUUAUGGAGUAUCAGCAGAUUCUGUGGAUGAUUACGUGCGGAUUGGAGAAAGCACCGCUAUAGAGAGUCUCGGCAGGUUUACCAAAGCAAUUGUUACAAUUUUCGGUGAUGAGUAUCUAAGGUCACCAACUGACGAGGACACUGCAAGAUUGCUUGCAAUUGGCAAACAACGGGGAUUUCCUAGGAUGUUAGGAAGCAUUGACUGCAUGCAUUGGAGAUGGAUGAAUUAUCCGGCUGCGUAUCAUGGUAUGUAUACUGGUCACAACCACACUCCUACAAUAAUUUUAGAAGCUGUUGCUGCGUAUCAUGGGCAUGGUCUGACUGUUAAUUAUACAGUCAAUGGUCAUGAAUACAUGAUGGGAUACUACCUUGCUGAUGGUAUAUAUCCGUCAUGGGCAACAUUUGUUAAAACAAUUUCUUUACCACAAGGAAAUAAAAGAAAACAUUUUGCUACACUUCAAGAGUCGGCAAGAAAGGAUGUAGAGCGAGCAUUCGGGGUACUCCAAUCACGCUUUGCAAUUGUGCGUGGACCAGCUCGCUCUUGGGAUGAGAAAAUAUUGAAAAAUAUUAUGCAAGCAUGCAUAAUAAUGCAUAACAUGAUUGUUGAAGAUGAAAGAAAUGAUGAUUAUAUCGACUUCACGUACGAUGCUGUUGAGGAAGCCCCAACUAUAUCAGUAUCUCACGAACGUACAAUAGAUUUGUGUGAAUUUAUUCAGAAUCAUCAUCGCAUUAGAGACAGACAAACUCAUUCUCAAUUGCAAUUGGAUCUUGUCGAACAUUUAUGGGAAUGA